AUGACCCACAGGGAUGGACGCUGGAGGGGGGGCUCCACUGAGGCUCCAGGAGCCCAAUGGCGGGUGGUCCCUCCCAUGAACCUGAUGGCCCCUAUGCCGGGCAUAAAGGGCAGCCCCGUGAGGAGCCGGCACAGCUUCACCCAGAACCCCCGUGACCCGCAGCGGCCCCGAGCACAGCGCCCUGAGAUGAAGGCCCUGGUCCUGACCAUCACACUCGGCCUGUUUGCUGCCCUGCAGGCCCAGGAGCCCCUGUCCACCCACCCAGAGACGCAGGAUUUCACAGGAACAUGGUAUGUGAAGGCCAUGGUGACCAACAAGCCCAUACCUAUGGAGAAGAGGCCCGACAAGGUGUCCCCAGUGACAAUGACAGCCCUGGAUGGUGGGGACUUGGAGGUCUCCUUCACCUUCAUGAAGGCGGACCAGUGCCACGAGAAGAGGAUCGUCCUGCAGCAAAUGGCAGAGCCCGGCAAAUUCAGCACCUGUGGGGGCAAGAUGAAUGUGUAUCUCCUGGAGCUGUCCGUUGAGGACCACUACAUCUUCUACUGCAAGGGCUUGUUCCACGUGGGAAAGCUCAUGGGUAAAAAACCUGACCUGAGCCUGGAAGCCCUGGAAGAAUUUAAGAAAUUCACGCAGCGCCAGGGGCUGCCGCAGGAGAGUAUCUUCCUGCCGCUCCAGAUGGAAAACUGCAUUCCUGAAAGUGAUUAGGGGCAGGAGCACUGUUCAGCAGGACGUGGAAGGAAUCCCCGGGCCUGGGGCCAGCCGCCCCCUCCUCGCCCUCUGCCCCCUCCCACCCUCCACCCCCUCUCCUGGCUCCUCAUAAAGA